UGCUGCCGCCGCUCCCGGUACCGCCACAGGUGACUCGGGGCCGGGGGCCGCUCGGUCGCCGCCGCGCCGCGGCUGCCUGCGCGAAGCCCGGCUUGGCUGAUUCCGCCGUGCCUGCGCGACCGGGGACGCCGGGGACAUGGCAUCGCUCCGGCUCCUUCUCCUCCUGCUCCUGGCCCAGCGCGGGCUCGGAGCCGCGGCCGGCCGAGGGCGGGCGCCGGGAGGCAGGCAGCCCGUCUACAACCACAUCAAGAGCCGCGAUCCGCCCCCGGCCCCGCGGAGCCGCUCUCCGGAGAGCACCAUCUUGGCGCAGCGGCUCGCCGAGGAGGUGCCCCAGGACGUGGCCUCGUUCCUCUACACCGGCGAUUCCCGGGAGCUGCGGAGGGCCAACUGCUCCGGGCGCUACGAGCUGGCCAGCCUGGCCGGCAAGUCGCGCUUCGUCUCGCACCCGUCCCUGCACGGCGCCCUGGACACCCUCACGCACGCCACCAACUUCCUCAACAUGAUCCUGCAGAGCAAUAAGUCGCGGGAGCAGAACUUGCAGGAGGACCUGGAGUGGUACCGGGCGCUGAUCAGGAGCCUCCUGGAAGGGGAUCCCAACAUCUCCAGGGCAGCCAUCACCUUCAGCACGGAGCCCUUCUCUGCCCCCCAGGUGUUCCUCCAGGCCAGCAGGCACGAGAGCCAGAUCCACCUUCAGGACCUGUCCUCCUCCGCUCACCGCCUGGCUAACGGAUCCCUGGAAACGGAGUGGUUCCAGGGCCUGAAGCGCAAGUGGAGGCCGCAUCAGCACAGGAAGGUCUUGAACACGGGCUCCAAAACUUUGGAGAACAGCUGGAAGAGGCGAGAGGGCUUCACGGCUGAUAAGAACCACAUCAGAUGGUCCUCUCCUUACCUGGAGUGUGAGAACGGGAAUUACAAACCCGGUUGGCUGGUGACUCUCUCAGCGGCUUUCUAUGGACUGCAACCAAAUCUCGUCCCUGAAUUCAGAGGUGUUGUUAAAGUCGACAUAAAUCUGCAGAAGGUGGAUAUCGACCAGUGCUCGAGUGAGGGGUGGUUCUCAGGAACACACAGGUGUCAUCUCAACAACUCUGAGUGCUUGCCAAUUAAAGGUCUUGGAUUUGUGCUUGGAGCCUACAAAUGUAUUUGCAAGGAGGGAUUCUAUCAUCCCAACAUCUUUUCAGUGAACAGCUUUCAGAGAAAGGAUGCAGAUAAUCGCUUUUCUGGAGGGGACUUGUCAGAGGAAGUCUACACCUGCCUGCCCUGCAGGGAAGGAUGUUCUAAUUGUAAAGAUGAUACUCCCUGCUAUGCACAGGAGGACAAGUAUUUACGGCUUGCUAUCAUCUCAUUCCAAACGCUCUGUAUGCUGCUGGACUUCAUAAGCAUGCUGGUAGUCUACCAUUUUCGCAAGGCAAAGAGUAUCAGAGCUUCAGGUCUGGUGCUGUUGGAAACCAUUCUUUUUGGAUCACUUCUUCUGUACUUUCCGGUUGUCAUUUUGUAUUUUGAACCAAGUGUAUUUCGCUGUGUUCUCCUAAGAUGGGUUCGUCUUCUGGGCUUUGCUACAGUUUAUGGAACUGUGACGCUCAAGCUGCACAGGGUUUUGAAGGUAUUCCUGUCCAGAACCGCUCAGCGUAUUCCAUAUAUGACAGGUGGACGAGUGAUGAGGAUGCUGGCUGUAAUUCUCCUGGUAGUGUUUUGGUUUCUUGUUGGCUGGACUUCUGCAAUAACUCAAAAUUUGGAGAGAAACAUUCCUCUAAUUGGCCAAGGGCAAACAUCUGACCACCUGAUCUUCAAUAUGUGCCUCAUGGACCGCUGGGAUUACAUGAUGGCUGUUGCUGAAUUUUUAUUCCUCUUGUGGGGUGUUUAUCUCUGCUAUGCAGUGCGGACAGUCCCAUCAGCAUUUCAUGAGCCGCGUUAUAUGGCUGUUGCAGUUCACAAUGAGCUCAUUAUCUCUGCUAUAUUCCAUACAAUUAGAUUCAUUCUUGCUUCAAGACUUCAGUCUGACUGGAUGCUGAUGCUGUUCUUUGCACACACGCACUUGACUGUGACAGUCACUGUUGGGCUACUACUGAUCCCUAAGUUUUCACAUUCAAGCAAUAACCCAAGAGAUGAUAUAGCUACAGAAGCUUAUGAAGAUGAACUUGAUAUGGGUCGAUCUGGAUCCUAUCUGAACAGCAGUAUCAAUUCAGCAUGGAGCGAGCAUAGUUUGGAUCCUGAAGAUAUUCGGGAUGAGUUGAAGAAACUGUAUGCCCAGCUUGAAAUCUAUAAAAGGAAAAAGAUGAUUGCUAAUAACCCGCAUCUCCAGAAAAAAAGGUGCUCUAAAAAGGGCUUGGGGCGCUCGAUAAUGAGGCGUAUUACAGAAAUCCCAGAGACAGUCACUAGGCAGUGCUCCAGGGACGAGAAGGACCUGAUGGAGCACAAUGCUGUGAAAAACACAGCUACACUGAAAAAAACCCCACAAGAUUCCACAAGUUCUGCAAAGCCAAAAGAAGAGAAUUUGAAAAACAGAGUCUUCUCGUUAAAGAAGUCCCACAGCACUUACGAUCAUGUCCGGGAUCAAACAGGAGAGUCUAAUAGCAUAACUGCAGAAAGCACAGAAGUUACAGCUGCUGAGAAUUCAAUUCUGGAUUCCUUAACUGGUAACAAUUUAGCCAAAAAAGCUGAAAAAGUUGAAGCAGUGUCCACUGAAUCGGUCCCUUUGGUGUGCAAAUCACUAAGUGCACAUAACUUAAGUGCAGAUAAGAAGCCUCUGCAUCCAAGAACAUCUGUGUUACAGAAAUCCCUCAGUGUUAUUGCAAGUGCCAAGGAAAAGACUCUGGGACUUACGGGUAAAACACAAAGUCUAGAAGAAAGCGCUAAAUCUCAGAAAUCUCAGCAGAAAGGGAAGGAAGGCAGCAAAAAACACUCGGCCACCGACAAAGGGGAGCACAAGGAUUCUCACCGGAAGAACUCUACUCAGUCUGAGGAGACAAAGAAAACCCAUAAGUCUGGCAUUAUGAAGCAGCAAAGGGUUAGUCAGACACCUGCAAAUCCAGACACAGGCCCAGGUAAGACUCUGCACAAGGACACUUUCGACAUAGGAGAAGUUUGUCCUUGGGAGAUAUAUGACCAAACUCCUGGUCCUGUGCCUUCUGACUCUAAGAUUCAAAAACAUGUGUCUAUUGCUUCCUCAGAAGCAGAGAAAAAUCACCCUUCCCAGCCAAAGGGUAAAUCUCAUCAUAAGCAGAAGACGCCUGAGGGCUCUCAACAGUCGAAUCAACAGAGCCCACAGAAGUUGGAGACGGGCACUCGGGAGGUGCAAGAGCAGCACAUUUUUGAAAAUGAUAAAAAACAGUUGAAUUCCAAAUCUCAGGGCUCCCCUGGGCUGAAGCGCGAGAACGUUAACAGAUAUGCACCAAAUGUUUGUGGGGGGGAGCAUGAGGAGCUGCCCCAGAAAGCAGCAGAAAAUGUCAAUAAAUUGGUGGAACAAAAAAAAAUUGCCUCAUCUGAGGGAAAUGUGCUUUCUGACUCCCGUAAGCCAAGUGGUUACUCACAGCAACCUUUAGCAUCUCGAGCUGAAGUCUGUCCUUGGGAGUUUGACACACCAGAUUUACCAAAUGCAGAAAGAAGUGUAGCUUUAUCAAACACCUCUGCUAUAAGUGCAAAUAAAACAGCAACACCUCGAAAAUAAGAGGCUUUUGGACUGAGGAAAGUAGCAACACCGAGAAGAAAGACAACAGGAAAAACAAAAGAGACUUAGGCCAAAAGGAUCUGAAAAUUCCUAAGGAGCAUCACUUAAUGGAAUCAGCACAACAAGUAGGAAUUAAGCAAAACAAAUUAUUAUUAUUGUUAUUAUUUAUUUAUUGAGUGCCAACAAUGUGAUUAGCAGUGCCCAGAAUGUGGUCCCUGCUCCAAGGAUUUUACUGUGUCAUUGAAAGAAACUUGCCUUUCUGAAAUCACUUCUCCUUUAAAAGAAAAAUAAACAAAACACCAAAAGUUGGUAACAAACGCACACUGUAAAUCUUAACAGAAUUAUUUCUGAAUGUCACAACUGGCUUUAACUUGCCCUUGGGACUUUAAGGAUCCAACAGAAGUAGGGCGUAGAAAAUGUCCUGAUGGCAGAAAGGAGUAUCAGUGAGCAGCUCUUAAAAUGACGACUUUUCACUUUGCGUAUUUAAUCUCAAUAGCACUGCUAACUCAAUGCAUCCCAAAAACACAUUUUAUAUAAUGGUUGCUCUCAUUUUCUUAUUACUGUGUGUUUAAGUACAUUGUUGUGUCUCAUAUUAAAGCAUUCCAGAUUGUAUAAUUUUUGCAAAUACCUUUGAUAUUAUGUGACACAACAACACAUUUAUGCAAUCUGCGGAUACUUUUUUCUUAUUGCAACUUAAAAUACCUGCUAUAGACUUUUUGUUUAUAUGUAGAAUUACCGUAAUUGUUCACUGGCUGUGGAAGCCAAUAACUCUCAUUGGGAAAUUCUUUUGGGGUUUGGGAAUUUUUUUUCUUUCCUGUGAUUUAUAUAGUGAACUUUUUGUUUUACUCUCUGUUAUUUAAAUUUAUAGUUUGAUACUGUAUUAUUCAGGGGUUUUAUACACAGCAAGUUACUUGUUAUGCACUUCCCUGUUAAUGCGCAUAGACUUUGCUAAUAGUGGAAAUCCAGUCGUCUUAGCUGCAUAUUCUGGUAAGUCUUAGGACAACUUAUCUGUUGUUUGUUACAAAUUGGAAAAUAUAGUCUAACAAACCAGAAUACCAACUCGAAACAUCCGUGAGGGUGAUCUUGUUCAGUAUUUCAUACUGAGCAUAUCCUACUACAUGAGACAGGCAAGAAUGACAACGAAUAUACCCCAGAAAUGAUGAACUGAUUUACUAAAACUGGACAACUCUGGGAAAUUUAUCAGCUAGUUAACAACAGUUUACUGUCUAUCUCUGUUGGCAAACCUCCAGAAACUGGCCUUUGGAGAUACACAGGUGAGGAGAGAAGUCCGAAAUGUUACUCUUCCCUGUAUUGGCAGCGGCAAGAGACAGUAGGAAUGAAAAUGAUGGGCAUCUCUCUCCCACUCUCCAAAUGCUUUUUUUUUUAAUUUACACAUACAUUUAUGGAAACAGGUACUAUUUAAGAUAGCGCAAAUUUUCAGUAAUGGCUAAAGCCAUCAUCUUGCAUUUGACUUAAUUCAAAGGUGGCCCAUUUACAACUAUGAGUCUUGGUGCAAAAACACUCAUGGUAUACCAUCAGGGCCUAAGAGGUAUCAUAGAGAAUCUGUGUACCACUAACAAUAAAAAUUAGGUUCCGCCCUCACCCAUCUAAAUUUAGUACCAGUGAAGUACUAUUCAAUGGAAUUGGCUGUACAAAGAGUACUUCAAAAUAAAGACAGCUCAGUCCUAAAGAACUUGUGCAAUCUGAGAGAAGUGAUGGGUUUCACUGGAAGAUGAAAUGAGGAUGAUUGAAUAGAAUGUGUUGUUUAAUAU